UAUUUGUUUGGUGAAUAGGAGUGGCAAUGUCUCAACCCAAACUUAUCUUCAAGCCUUAACCAACUUUGAAAGGAUGAUCUAAAAGAAGAACAAAACCCCAAUUUCACAGUGUUUUUUGUGAAACUGAAAAUUUUGACAGUUGAGUUCCAUCCCAUCCCAGUCCGAAGCUAACCCUAGACGAAAAUGGUCUUCCAAUCCGCUAUCUCACCUUCUCUGCAACACUUGCCACUUGGGUCGCACACUUCAUUGGUCAUUCGAACCCUUCGAAGCCAUGAACACCCCAUUUCUUGUUCAUUCUCUGAGCUCCACAGCUACGGAGCAACUCUAAACCCCCAGCGAACAAAACCCAGAAACCCCAAGUUCAGGCUCCAUAAAUUCUCUCUUCAGAUUCUUGGAAGUGAAGUGACAUUGGGGCUGCCCUCAAUCUCAACAAGUUCUGAGAAUUUCUCGUGUAACGUUUUGAUUAAUGGCGAUAUUACAACUCCAAAAAGGCCAUUUAUCUGUUUACCUGCUUUCUCAUACGGAGCAAUGUCCUGGUUGACAUCGAUACAAGUGGCACAAGCUAGUGAAGAUGUCAAAAUGGAUCCGGUUUAUGAGGUUGGAGAGUUAUUUGAACUGGGAAUCCAGCUCUCUUACCUGCUUUUACUAUUAGGUUUUCUUGGGGUUGGAACCUUCUUUGUGAUUCGCCAAGUCCUUGUUCGAAGAGAACUUGAUCUUUCUGCAAAGGAAUUGCAAGAGCAAGUGAGAAGUGGCGAUGCUAGUGCAACUGAGCUUUUUGAACUUGGAGCGGUGAUGUUGAGGAGAAAAUUUUACCCAGCAGCUACUAAAUACUUGCUUCAGGCAAUUGAUAAAUGGGAUGGAGAUGAUCAAGAUCUUGCCCAAGUUCACAACGCCCUCGGUGUCAGUUAUAUCCGGGAUGGAAAGCUUGAUAAGGGAAUCGCUCAGUUUGAGACGGCUGUGAAGCUUCAACCAGGCUACGUCACAGCUUGGAACAACCUUGGAGAUGCCUAUGAGAAGAAGAAAGAAUUGAAGUCUGCUCUCAAGGCAUUCGAAGAAGUUCUGCUUUUCGAUCCCAAUAACAAGCUUGCACGGCCUCGUCGCGAUGCGUUGAAAGAAAAAGUGGAGAUGUACAAAGGCGUUUCUGUUAAAUCAAAGACAAGAUGAUUAUGAUUUUGGCAGGUGUAGUUCUCAUACAGGGACCUCGCAAAGCCAAGUCAGUAUGUUUUUUUGUGUCAAUCAGAAACAGUUCAAGAGGCAGCUUGGUUUGGGUUUUGAUGGAAAAUGAAACAGUUCAAGAGGUUGGCAAAGUUUUCAUUUAAUUGGGGAUGUGUUGAAAUCAUUUGAUCUUGUAUUAUAUGACAUCAAAACACAGAAGUUGUCAAAUUUUCAUUUCAGAGUAUAUAAAUGAGACUACCAUUAGUCUACAUAUAAAACCUGAUGUAAUUUGAUGAUUCAAAUGACCUCAUUUUGUGCUUCUCAAAUUCAUUUGAUUUUUAGGUGGAAAA